AUGGCCAAACCCUCGGGCUCAGCAUCCUCCUCGGAUGUAUCUCUCCGCCCUCACCCAUCAUCGAACCGCCGGGACGGAAACUCCAAGCCCGAAUCCACAUCCCCAGCCUCAGGACUCGAGUCUAGCAGCGCAGGGCCCUCCCGGCCCCAACCCGGACCUCAAACCCCCUCCCUCGAAUCCCCCCUCAGCCACCUCAAAGCCCGCCUCGUCCGCCUCCGCCCCGGCCACUCAGCCGACGGCAACAACACCCACUCCGACUCCGACUCCGACUCCGAAAACGAGCUCCUGCUCGACCCCAACCUGCCCGCCGACUACUCCCAACGCCACCAACCCCUCCCGCACCACGACGGCAUCCCCCUCACCAAACUCCCCUCCCUCGACACCGACAUCGACUCCGACUCCGACUCGGACCGCGCCCCCCUCGUAGCCGGCCACGACGCCACCUCCUCCUCCACCUUAGGAGAAGACGACGAUGAUGACGGGGAAGAUGGGCAAGAGCGUGAGGAGAUGGAGGACUCGCCGUACCCGGAGGUGCGCGCCGCCGUCCACCCCUACGACGACCCCUCGCUGCCCUGCAACACGGUGCGUGCCUGGGCCAUCGGGCUGAGCUUGAUCUUUCUGGGCGCGAGUAUGAAUACGCUGUUUUCGCUGAGGUCGCCGAAUAUUAGCUUGGGGGCUUUGAUUGCGCAGGUUAUUGCUUGGCCUCUGGGAAGGGGAUGGGCAAGGUUUGUUCCCGACAAGGAGGUAACCCUGCCAAUGUUGUGGCUCGGAAAGGGGGUGGGAAGGGGGGCCGGGGUGAAGAAAGUACGACUAAAGCUAAACCCCGGGCCCUUCAACGUCAAGGAGCAUGCCAUCAUCGUCGUCAUGGCGAGUGUCUCCUUCUCCGUCGCGUACGCGACCGAUAUCAUCCUCGCCCAGAAGGUGUUUUAUAAGCAGGACUUUGGCCUUCUGUGGCAGCUGCUUCUGGUUGUGUCGACUCAGAGUCUGGGCUACGGCAUCGCCGGCAUGAUGAGACGGUUCUUGGUGUAUCCCGCCGCCAUGAUUUGGCCCGGCAACCUGGUGUCCGUGACCCUCAUGAACGCCAUGUAUGAGAGCAGCGAGGACCGGGAUCCGACUGUCAUUGGCGGAUCUAUGCCGCGGUACAGGUGGUUCGGCCUGAUCACCGUCGGCGCCUUUGUCUACUACUUCAUCCCUGGGUUUCUGGCCCAGUUUCUGAGCUCGUUCGCCUUUAUGACUUGGCUGGCACCUAACAGCCCGGUUAUCAACCAGCUGUUCGGUUCCAACACCGGCUUGUCGCUGUUGCCGAUUACUUUUGACUGGACCCAGAUUUCGGGCUUUGUAUCGGCUCACCCCUGA